ACUGACCAGCAAUCAGUGGACACAUUAGUCAGUUUCACUAUGAGACUCUCGGUCACUUUCAUCUCCGCUGCUUUUCCCCUUGUUCUGAAUUACAGCAUCGCUCAGGACGAGGAGGAGAAGGGAAAACCCGCUUUGCAUCCAGAAAACGUUUGUGGAGGAGAACAGGGGAGAUGGAUGAUGGGGACUUACAGGCGUUAAUUCCUCUUACACAUUCCAGCAUGGUGUUGGGAAAGGAUUUACUCUACUGUAUUUGAUUCCCCCUUCUGCUUUGGUGGGAGAAGAGAUCUCAAAGAAGAUGCCUUUGGUGCUGUGGGCUCUUUGCCUUGGUGUCCUGGAUACAGUCCUUUGCAGUUACUCAGAAGACCAGUGCAGCUGGAGGGGGAGUGGCCUGUCCCAGGAAUCGGGCAGUGUGGAGCAGAUCUCAUUACACUGUGCAGAGGGCUCCCUGGAGUGGCUGUACCCAACAGGGGCCUUACGCCUCAGCCUCUCCCCCCGCCUCCCCACGGGCACAGCAGGCAAAGGGAAGAGCCCCAGGCAAGUCACCACCUGUAUCAAGCCCUCCAGCACCUUCCGGGGAGCUCAAAUCUACCUGGAAAGGGAUGGGAUUCUGGAGCUGCUGUUGUCUGAGGCAGAUGCCUCCCUCCGCCCCAGGGUACGCUGCUUCAACUGGCUGCCCAAGGAGAAAGUGGCCCUGUUCCUUCAGUCUACCCUGCACCAAGACAUCAGCCGGCGGAUCGCCGCCUUCCGCUACGAGCUGCGGGGUGAUUGGAACUCCCGCCUCUCACUGCCCUCCAGCAACCUCAGCAUGGAAGGGGCAUGCCGGCCAUGUAAUGACACCGAGAUCCUGAUGGCCAUUUGCACUAGUGACUUUGCACAGGUCCAUUGCCAUCCUGCACAGACACAAGAGGGAAGAGUCCUUCCAGCAGGAAUACCAGCAGCACAGCCAUCUGGAACUCCAAUUGCAGGCCAGUACCCAUCUGUGGUACAUGCUCAUCCCCAGGGGGAAACUUCCAAUGAAGCUCACAACUAGUCAAUGAAGGUAGUGCUGGUAAUGGCGCUGUCCUGAGACCACCACCAAUGCCACUUUCAUCCUUUAAAUCAGUGGUAAACGACUGUAAGGUCUCAACAUUUCCAGCAAAUCACUUGCAUUCUAAUCUUCACAGUUUUAACUGAAUAUGCUAAGCAGGAGAUGUAAAUGAAAAUACACUUCUAAGCUUAAAAAGUAAAACUCUUAACUACUCUUUCAUUAAGUCUGGUUAAUGAAAUGACUGUUGUCAAAUCAAUGGAAACAAGACAUGACUGUCAAGUUGAAUUGACAAUGGUUAGCCUUACAUCUGGUUCCACAUGCUGCUCACAUACUUUUUUUUGAGCCCAACCAGUGCAGACAAUCCAUCUUCACAAAUAAACAUAGUGGAAAAUGGCCUGAAAUGCACCCGUUGCCUCCUCAAAAAGUCUGCAAAGUAUGGGUUCACUUACCCAGCUGGUGGAAAUCACUGCUCUGCUAACACAGAAGAUGGCCAUGUUUGAAUCCCCUCUGAGCACUGCCCUGCCCCCACUAACUGGGGGGAAGUCUUGAUCACAAUAAGCCUGAAAACACAUUCCACAGGAGUAGAAAGUGAAAUGAGAAGCCAGCUUGUUCUGAAUCUGGUACUAAUGAGAGAGAAAAUCCAGCUAUCCAGUACAACUCUUACCCCAAGAAGAACAGUACCACAGUGAGGAAGAAGUCUUUAAGCCAAGCUCCCUCUCUGUAGGGUGAGGUUUCCUGCAGACACAAGACUUUUUUUUAAUAAUAAAUAAAUACAUUUAAAAGAAAUGGAGGAAUGUUAAUAUGGGGCAGCUCCAAUUUCUGUAACCCCAGCCACAUCCACCCCACACAAGUUAUUUGGCUUUAGAGAAAUCUGCCAGGAAACCAAGAAUUUCUCCCAGCCCAACAGCUCCCUCCCUGGAGCCAGACUCUUCACUGGCAUAAAGCAGCAAAGCUCCACUGCCUUCAGUGGAGCAGUGUUGACUUCUCCAUCUCAGGGAUUCAAGUCCUCAUUUAUCCACAGAAUGGUAUUUCUGAGGAAAUCCCUUCCUGCCAAAAGCAAAGAGCACCCUGUUGUCAUGGCCUCUUCUACUUACACAACAGCCCAGGAGAGGAGGGAUGGAGUAAGGGAGUUAGGGGAUGGAUGGAUAUUUAAGGGCUACAGUGGCAGAGAAGGGGGAAGGGAGUUCAAACUGGAACCUGUUCCUCAGUCCUCUAAGUCAGGGGGAAUCCUUUAAUGGAAUCCAGGGGCUUUGAAUCAAGCCUUUAAUGUGCCCAGUUCCAGCAAAGCAACAUCCUGUUGGAUCAGGAUUGUGCUGUGAUUUGUAAGGGGGAAAAAAACCCCAGUCCUAUGCUAACUGCCACCCCAUGCAGACCAGUGAAGCUAAACAAGACUAAGACAGCACGAGAAUCUGUCCACAGUUAAGCACUGGGGUGAAUCAAGCUCAGUACCAGGCACAUUUUAUUCAACCUGCCCAUCCCAGAGAGGCAGCUUUAGCCCUUCUAGAGGCCACCACCUGCAGAGGUAUUUUCUAUCGGAACACACCACCACAGUGCUUGGGUGGUGACAGCACAUUGUCAGGGUCUGGGGUCAGCAGGCAGGGUAAGGGUAUGAAGCUGCUUGGAGCUGAAAUUUUGCAAGAGCAGCUCCCAAGAGUAAAGCACUAACACUCUUGGGCACCCAGCCUCCACACGGCCCCACACCCCAGCUUCUGUGAGCCUGUGCUCCCCCUAGACCCAGCCUUAGCAUGGUCACAUGGUCCUGCUGCCCCAUGUCUGGCUCCCUGAAUGCCCAGUCUCCACGCUGCUGAUAGCAGUCUGACACCAAAGCAGACUUGAACACCUUCUUCCCUGGGUCAUCCUCAAAACCUCCCAGUAGCAGCAAUCCAUAGGACAAGGCUGCAUUCAAGACUGUCAGCCUCAAACAUGGGGAGUCAGGUGCUUCAAGAGCUUUCGAAGGUUUGAAAAUUGUAAGAUUAAUAAAGCAAACAGCAGGGUCCCAUGAAUUCCCUGAACCAUUUUAAGCUGUCCUCUGUGAACAGAAGCACUAAAAUCCCAGCUUGAAAACCAAAAGCAACAAUUUUCACCCAUUCCCAGGACUCCUGGAACAGGGGCUUUAGGAGAAACCCCGUGUCCUAUGAGACAAGUGGUAACCCCAGCAAAGCACUGACAAUACUAUAACAUCCCUGCAUUCUCUUACUGGAGCUCUCCGCAUCACUUCUUGCUAUGCUGUGUGUGGGAGGGGAAGGGGAUGGAGGGAAACAGGCUGUGCUGCCUAUGGCCCUAGUGAGGGCCCCCCCCUGGGAUGGGAGUUACACUGUGGCUAAUCUCAGCAGCUGGUUUCCAUCACAGAGGUGUAACAGAUAUUGUGGAAGAGCCAGGCUGCUGCACUCUGCUCCUGAUGGGCCCUCUCUCUGGUGAUUUUCUUCCCAUUUACAGUCAGACUCUGAAUGAGCAAAUGCCUCCAGCCACCCAUAGAGCUCUGAGGCCAGCUUCUCUUCCACUUCAUUCUUUUAAAGAAAUCACCCAAUUACAGACGCAAAGGAAAGAAAACAAACCCACACACUCCUGUCCCACCCACACGCUGGGACACAUCUCUAGCCAGCUCUCUCACAGAUGGCACUUCAUAGCAGCUGAAGGGACAGGAACUCAGGGCUGACAGCAUAAGCACUUGACACUUGAGCCAAAGGAUUUCUCUGCCCUGUGAGCGGUAGGGAGGCUGACACACAUGAUUUGGUCAGUCUGACUCUGUCCAGUAGAGGGCAGAGAUAACACAUCAGUACAACACAGCCCCAACAACCAACAGCUCAACAUCUACAUGGGUUGUCUUAACUUUGACCAUAACAGAAGCCAGCAUACAAAACCACAAAGAACAAUAAAAGAUUAAGGAUGAAAAUCAAGCAAGUCAAAAGAAGAAACAACUUCACCUGUGGCAAUUUUGCAGUUCUUGGAACUAAUGUAAACUACUGCAUUUAAACCAUUUUAAACCCCUCACUGCUAUUCUUUAAAAAGAAGAUUCCUUUAAAAUCUCUGGGCAAAUCAGCAGUGACACAUGCCUGCUCCAUGGUAAUGAUAGCAGUAGGCAGCUGUCAAUCCUUCUGGAUUAUGGUGUAUGCAUGAGAGGGCACCAGUACCUUUGACAUGUAUGCCUAGGCAGAAGCAUGGAGGAGUGGAGGCUGCUCUGACUUUCCAUCCCCCUUUACGCCAUUGAGACAGUAUCUGAAGGCCAGACUGAGUCCCAACAUUCAGUGCCUCAGUGGCUGCAGUUAUAUGCAUGUCCAGAAAUCAAACCUGGGUCUCACACAUGGCAGACAAGGAUUCUACCACUGAAACUGAACACAGGUGGCAGGUGAUUAGAUAACAGUAAACUGAAUCAUGUCAAAUUGGACAGGGCUGGAAACCAGGCCAAUCCCUCUGAAGUCAACAGGGGCUGUAUCCGUUUAAUCUGGAGUGCAAGGAUGGCUGAGUAGAGCCCCUGGUAAGACGGGCAAGGAAGUGCAUGCUUCCCCCACACCCCACUAGACACAUCUCCAUCCUGCUAUUAAAUUCCCAAGGACACUGCCAGACAUUCCAAACAUUGGAGCUGUUCUGCAGUGAGGACAGGCUGUGGUUAAGGUACUGAGCCAAGACCCUGGGGAUAAUGUCCAACUCCCAGCUCUGCUACAAGCUUCCUGUUUUGCUUUGGCUUGGUCACUUUGAGCACAUCUACGCAGCAGCAGGGCUGUGUCUGGGAGCCCCACCAUGCAGCAUUCUCAAAAUGACACUUGAGACAUCUCAGAACACCUCUGAACAUAUGCCAGGAAGCAGGCCUGAGGCAGAGAGCCUAGAGCAGUACUGAACAGGUGCUCUGAGCCCCUCAAAGGUAGCUUAAUUUCCAGGAACUGGCAUGUGUGGAGCAGAAGAGAGCAGAUGGGGACUGCACCACAGAAGAGCUCAUGAAAGGAACAUGGUGGCCACAUAGACCUCUGCAUGCUUCAGCAUCCCCACCUCUAAAAUGGAGAUAAAAUACUCCCUCCCGGCCAUCCCAUGACUCAUUAGUCUAUUUAGACUGCAAGUGUUCUGGGGCACAGACUCUUCCUCAUUAUGUCUGUACAUUGCUUAGCACAGAGGGACUACAGCCAUAAGACAAGAAGUGAAUAAUAAAGUGGACAACAGCCAUUAGCACCUCUACUCACUGGCCUGAGGCCUCAAAAGGAAACCCACAACACAGGGUUUCAUGAUUCUGCCAACCCACAGCAUCCAGAAAGUAGGAGACUGGUUUAAACAGUGUAAGAUUUAAUAUUAAUAAAUAAACCUUUGGGUUUUUUAAUUCCCAGCUGGUUUUUUUUAAGCCUUUAGGGUCAUGUUUUCUAGCUUUUCUCUAUAAGCACAGGCUUUAGAAGCUUUUUUUUUUUUUUUUUUUUUUUUUUUAAAUGGAGCUGACAUGCUCAAUCCAUCAUAUGACUCCUGAACCUGGACAGCUUCAUGGACAUCACCAAACAGCACCACAACUGCAACAGAAUCACAAGACUGGACAGCACAGGUAAAAUAGUGCUUUUCCCUCCAAGUCAGCCAUAAUGCUCCAGCACCAUGCACUGUGCUGCUGGAAGGGUAAAUGAUAGGAGGCAAAUGACAGGUCCUAGGACACAUGGUUGUUUAAGUUCCACUGGUCCAUUCCACCAAAAUAGAGUGCCAAGCUGACAUGGCCAAUUAUAUACUAUCCUGCCUAAAUUCCAUUUCUUCCUUCACAUCAGUGCAAUAUUUAUUCUCACUUCCUGUGUGGUGCAUAAUGCUCCACAAGCAGUCAGUCAGUCUGAAACACAAACAGGAUGUUUCCCAAGUGGUCCAUGCAGCCACCACAGAAAUUCCUUUAUUUGUACAGGUACAUAACAUAGACAGUAAAUUAUAUCAUUCUGCACGUACACACAUUAUCUGUAGGUAUAUAUAUUGCACUUAGCCAUACACACAGGUAAAUGUACUCUUUGUUUCUUUGAAUCUGUAGCAAGAAGCCAAAAAGGUAGGGUGAGCUUAGGAAGUUUCUAGGCAGAGAUUUAUACAAAGGAACUUCAGGGGUAGUACAGCUUUCCUUACUCCUUGUUCAGUGUCAGAGGAAAAUUACUUCUAACAUGGCCCCUCUAUGGUCACACAAUAGUUACCAGCCAUUUCCCCUUUAAGGAUCUCAUACACAAUCCCCUACAUUUGCUCAGUUAUCCUGUUUAACUGGGACCUUCCUUUCUGAUCAGACAGCUGGAUACCUUGUAAAAGCCUCCUCAGAGCCAGAUCCUUGAAGAGAAGCUAAAGCUAAGAUAUGGCCUUUAACAUUACCU